AUGGCAGAGCUUGAGCUACCCGAUCGAGCUGCGUCGCCCACAUCGCGUCUCCCUGUCUCUGUCCGAAAGCUCGCCACGCCCAGCGACUCAACGAGUCCGCCUUCCACACGAGAAAGCUCCAGAGCCAAUUCCCCAUCCACGUUCAAGCGUCCUCCGCCAGCAGGCAAAACAAGCCGUACGACCACCCCCGUCACCCGUGCCAAAACGCCCACUAUGCGAGCGAAGACACCCACGCAACCCACGCCAGGACGCAAGGCUGCACCCAGAGGUCUCAUCACUCCAAAAAAUAACACGCGUCUUACUGCAUAUGUAGCAGCACCCCCUCCGAAGCUAUCGCCUCCUUUGCGCAGCUCUCGACCUCGACAAUCUGUCUCGACGGCAACCACGGCAAGUUCGCGGAUGAAGGCUAUCGACAGGGCCAGAUCGCCACACAAGAGUGUGCCCAAGCAAUCCUCCAAGCCUGAGGAAUCGACUCGAAGACGGAAGCUCUCUAUCGAACCCAUCGACUUUGAACAGAGACGUGAACACAUCAGACUGGCGUAUACUAAGUCUAUCCGCGACAGUCAGGUGCGAGAUGCGAGACAGGCGGCUGCAAGGCGCAAAAGAGACCAGGAAGCCACUGCCACCAACGAUAAGAAAGAUGUCCCCCCGGUGCCACAAAUCAAAUCCGCAUCCCCUUCAGUGGACCAAAGUGAAACGUUCGAGAAACCACCCGAGGCCAGUCCCAACGAACCGGAAUCUUCGGCGGAACCUACGUCACCCGCACAACCGCCCCAGCCACUCACAAUCUCAACGGCGGUGCCGCUCAUCGUCUCCCUCUCUCCGCCCCAAGCGCAAGUCUCUGAUUCACCCACCUUGGGCAUUCCAGGCAGCUUUCCGGAACAGAGUCCUUCCGACGACCGGGAGCAUAUUCCACAAUCCGCGAUUUCGGCUACAUCGGAAACAACAGAGUUCGAUAAUGAACCGCAAGAGCUCCCACCCGUGCAGCUUGAGUCCUCGCAAGCUCCGACUGGCCUCGGGCUAACGAUCCCGCAACCUGACGGGAACCAUGAGCAGGCUGAGAUAGAGGAAGUGCGACGGACGCCGACGCCAGAGAGGAUCGAUAUCGAGGAGCUGCAACCGUCGCCAACGCGGGAGGAGACGAACACUGAGACACCGGACGAGCAGCCCACACCAGAGAAGGCCGAAUACCAAUACCCGUUCGAGGAUGAGUCUGCCGGCGACGACCUGGUGUCGAUCAAGGUCGCGUUGGAUCCAACAUCUCUCCAGCAAUCGCCCGAGCCGACACCGACCAGGAGCGAGUUCGAAAACCCAUCCAUUCCUGGCGCCUUCGCCGGGUCUCCGCCAAUCUCUGAGGAAUACGAACCCGUUCCUUUCUCGAGCCCUUCGUACGAAACGACGGUUAAGAUUAUCCGGCGGGAGUCCGAAUAUGAUUCUCCGCGACAAGACACCAUUCCUUUCCCAAGAAUGGAGUCCUACGAUGACUUUGAUGAUCAGAGCCAACUUGGUGAUAUGGAUGGUUCCGUCUGCGAUGCGUCUUACUUCAAUCACCAUAUAGAGAAAGACGUGGACACAGUGUCUGGUGACAUUCUCGAAAAGCCUGACGACUUUUACAACGACCGCCAUAAAGAUAACGAUUCGUCUCAGCGAGCGUCUACAUGCGAGUCCUCCGACGCGCAAGAUGACCCCCAUAAGACGAGUCUUGAGAGCCAGCAAACUCCGGAUACAUCCCACAGUUUAAUGGUUCCAUCCAUGCAUGCACCAGUUAACCGAUCAAGUCAGCAAUCCGCGUGGACCGACUUCUCGGUUGACAGCAACGAGCACCUCGACCACAGAAAUUCUACUCCGGACGACGACCUACCUCUACCGAAGCCACCGUACGCGUCCGACCUCACGUACGGAUCCGGCUCUAGCAGAGAUUCGUCCGCACGGCAAAGCGAACACUACAGCCCCGAUUUCAGCCCGUUGGAUACAAGAGCCGCUCAGCUGCCCAGCCGCGGAACCGUUCACCAACUGCCAGAGUUAGACACUGGAGAAGGCUUCUCGAUUCCUUACCUCGAGAGCAAGCAGCCAAUGGCGAUGCUAGGCCAAGUGCCACGUCCAGACCACGAGCCCCCGCCAGUACCUGCUUCCAAGCCGAGGUCACUACAUGAGGGCCGGCGGACGGCAGCCAGCAGCUACUACGCAGAAACCCUCCACGGAAGUACCAUAACAGGGUCCUCUCGGCGCGAGAGCGAGGACAUGUCGCGUCCCGUCUCCACCACUCAGUCAAUCGACCACAUGUCGAUCGAGACGAGGGAAUAUUCCCUUGGCGGCCAAACUCCGGUUGAUUCUAUUGCGACACUUGGUAGAGAGCAAGACGGACCAACAGGAAAGGAGAGGCAUCGCCUGGUGCAACGACGCAAUGUGAUCAGGGAACUCGUUGACACCGAGAUGGUAUUUGUCAGGGACAUGAACAUUGUGGAAGAGAUCUACAAAGGAACCGCCGAAGCCUGUCCGCGAUUGGACGACAAGACUAUCAAGCUUGUCUUCAGAAACACGGAUGAGAUCAUCAGCUUUCACACCGCAUUCUGCGCACAGCUUAAGGAGGCUGUCUGUACGGUAUAUGUGCCCCAUGGACGCCGAUCGCCUCUGCCAAAGGAGGAAUCGACUGCUUCUGAUCACACUGGAAACUCCUUGGCCAACUCAGUAGCUCCUGAGUUGGGCGACGACAAGGACAGAGCCACAGCGAUUGGGCCCCUCUUCAAGAGGAACAUUGAGCAGAUGAGAGUGGCUCAUGAGGGGUUCCUCAGAAACAGUGACCACGCAGCCAAGCGCCUGAUUCAGAUCCAGCAAGACCCUACCGUAAAGGUCUGGCUAAAUGAGUGCAACGAGGUGGCCAAGGACCUUACGGCAGCAUGGGAUCUUGAUUCCCUACUUAUCAAGCCUAUGCAGCGAAUUACGAAGUACCCCAACCUCAUUCAAGAGAUUCUGCGACAUACUCCGGAAGAUCAUCCAGACCGAGCUGAGCUGAUCUCAGCCAAGGAAACCCUGGAGCUGGCGAUUAUCGAGAUCAACAAGACGAAGAAGAACUUUGAGCUUGUUGGUCAGAUUGUUGGCCGGAAGAGGAAGGAAUCUGAUGUGAAAGCUGGGUUUGCUCGAGCCUUUGGUAAGCGGGUUGACAAGCUUCAGGCUGCAAGUUCGAAGAUCCCUGAAGAUGCCGUAUAUGCCAAGCUGCACGAGAAGUUCGGUGACGACUACCUUCGACUCCAAGUUGUGCUCAGAGACGUCGAGUUCUAUACUCGACAGGUGAGCGCCUACGUUCACGAGUUCCUUCAGUACCUGUCUGCCAUGGAGCUGGUCAUGCGACUUCAACCAGGCAGCUAUCCAGAACUAGAGAGUAAAUGGGUGCAAUUCAAUGUCUCGAUGAGAGACAUCGAGAAGAUUGCCCUGGAAGACCAUCUUCAACAGGUUCGGAAGCAUGUGAUCGAGCCCUUUGAGCACGUCAUCAAGGCUUAUGGAAAUCCCUCGCUCGCGAUGAAGAAGCGAGCAAAGCGGCGCCUCGACUAUGAAAGAGCAGAGCAACUCAAGAAAGGCGGAAAGACACCAGACCCCAGGCUCAAGGAGCUGGUGGAGCAAUACGACGCUCUCAAUGAAACUCUGAAGAAGGAGUUACCACAGCUGUCUGCCUUGACAGAGAGGAUUGGUAACAUUUGUCUUGGUAACUUCGUCAACAUCCAAGCAAACUGGUACAAUAUUUGGGUGGAGAAGGUGAAGAAGGUCACGGGAGAGAUUGGGCCACCGCAAGAUAUCCCUGACAUUGUGUCCACGUUCCAGCGGGAUUAUAAAUACGCACAGGAACUGUUCACGACGAUUGGGAUCUUGAACCCAGCAUACAAGGGCAGAACAUCACAGUCGACAACAGCCAGCACAGAGGAUCUUACAUCCAAGCUCCGCCCUCGACCUGUUGAGAUCUCUUCCCCCCGCGGCAGGGGUUUGUCUGUUAAUGGUGACCACGCUCCCAUAUUGCCGACGCCAGACUUUGCCAAGCGCCACAGCGGCCAAUUCACUCUCUCCCCAAGCACAGCGCCUCUUAGUCCUCACCAGUUCUACUACCGGGACUACUACGCUGGUGCAGCUGCGCAGCGACCAUCGGUUACCGCAUCACCAGUCACAGGAGAUCAAUCGCCUGUACCGCGGGCAAAUUUCCCUCUGCCAUCUACCCGACCUGGCACAGGCCAAAGUCACAACACAAACGGUCUACCGAGACAGAGUUCAGAGUCAACAGCAAACAACAGGAGAGACUCAAACCCAAGCCACCAAUCUGGCAGCGAAUCGCGAAGGUUCUCAGGCCUAUUCCACUCUGCUCUUCCUAUGCCAGAUGGCGUGGAAGAAAGCCAGAGGUCCUCACGAGCAUCUUCACGUGAGCGUACACCGGCUGGAAACGGAUAUAACGUGCUUUGGCUGGCAGCAUCACUCUUUGAGUUCAACAUUGAAACAACAAAGCAUGAGGCUGGGUACCCGUACCUAACGUACCAGGCCGGCGAGAUUUUUGAUGUCAUUGCCGAAAAGGGCGAGCUAUGGCUUGCUAAAAACCAAGACGACCCUGAUGACCAAGUCGGUUGGAUUUGGUCCAAGCACUUUGCAAAACUGGCUGAUUCAUAG